CCCGCGCGCGGGCAGCUCACUUCCGCCCGGCAGGUGACAGCCGCGGGGCUCGAGCGGCCGGCCGCACGGGCGCACCGGGAGAGCAGGGGGAGGAGGCCGCGGACAUUUUCCUGCCGAGCCGCGCCGCGCUGUGGCGCCGGGAGCCGUGCGGACCUGCGGAGUCUGGCCACAGAUAAGAGACCAAAAUGACUGACUCAAAAUAUUUCACCACGACCAAGAAAGGGGAGAUCUUCGAGCUGAAGGCAGAGCUCAACAGUGACAAGAAGGAAAAGAAGAAGGAGGCAGUGAAGAAAGUGAUUGCGUCGAUGACCGUGGGCAAAGAUGUCAGUGCCCUCUUCCCCGACGUGGUGAACUGUAUGCAGACAGACAACCUGGAGCUGAAGAAGCUGGUGUACCUAUACUUGAUGAACUAUGCCAAGAGUCAGCCUGACAUGGCCAUCAUGGCCGUCAACACCUUUGUGAAGGACUGUGAGGACCCCAACCCCCUGAUCCGGGCCCUGGCUGUGCGGACCAUGGGCUGCAUCCGCGUUGACAAGAUCACAGAGUACCUGUGCGAGCCACUCCGGAAGUGCCUGAAGGACGAGGACCCAUAUGUGCGCAAAACAGCAGCCGUGUGCGUGGCCAAGCUCCACGAUAUCAACGCCCAGCUGGUGGAGGACCAGGGCUUCCUGGACACCCUUAAAGACCUCAUCUCUGACUCUAACCCCAUGGUGGUGGCAAAUGCAGUGGCUGCCCUCUCAGAGAUUGCUGAGUCUCACCCCAGUAGCAACCUGCUUGACCUGAACCCGCAGUCCAUUAACAAGCUGCUGACAGCCCUGAAUGAGUGCACCGAGUGGGGCCAGAUCUUCAUCCUGGACUGCCUGGCCAACUAUACACCCAAGGAUGACCGAGAGGCCCAGAGCAUCUGUGAGCGGGUCACCCCCAGGCUCUCCCAUGCCAACUCUGCUGUGGUGCUGUCUGCUGUGAAGGUGCUGAUGAAGUUCAUGGAGAUGUUGUCCAAGGACCUGGACUACUACGGCACACUGCUCAAGAAGCUGGCCCCACCCCUGGUCACACUGCUGUCCGCGGAGCCUGAGCUGCAGUACGUGGCCCUGCGCAACAUUAACCUCAUUGUGCAGAAAAGGCCUGAGAUCCUGAAGCACGAGAUGAAGGUCUUCUUCGUGAAGUACAAUGACCCCAUCUACGUGAAGCUGGAGAAGCUGGACAUCAUGAUCCGCCUGGCCUCCCAGGCCAAUAUUGCCCAGGUCUUGGCAGAGCUGAAAGAGUAUGCGACAGAGGUGGAUGUGGACUUUGUACGGAAGGCAGUGCGAGCCAUUGGGCGCUGUGCCAUCAAGGUGGAGCAAUCUGCAGAGCGCUGUGUGAGCACGCUGCUCGAUCUCAUCCAGACCAAGGUCAACUACGUGGUCCAGGAAGCCAUCGUGGUGAUCAAGGACAUCUUCCGCAAGUACCCCAAUAAACCAAAAUAA